AUGGAAGAGUACAACGCGUUGUUGAUGCUGAACAGAAGGGUUCGCACCAUCGGGGAGGAGGAGGAUUCCUCGUAUUUCAACCCUUUCGAGGCGAGACCUCCAACAACCAGGCUGGAGAAACAAAUCAUCGAUCAACGUUACCAAUCGAAAUCUCACGUUGCCAUUGCCGGGCCGCCGUUCGUUUGCUUCGACUGUGGAAAGAGAUACAAGUGGCACGACAGUCUGAGAAGGCACAAAAGGGUCGAUUGCGGGACCACGGAGAAAAAGUACUCCUGCCAUUUGUGCGACAAAAAGUUUAAGUACCGAUACGAGCUGCGAAAUCAUGUUUACUCGGUUAGCGGUUAUCAAGGGUUGGCUGUAAGAGAAACCUAUGCCUACGUGUCGUUGCAACUGCCGUACGGUUUGCCAUCAGGAUUUCAACCUUACUCGACCAACGUGAAUUUGUCCCAAAAAGACGAAAUGAAAUAUUUGCGGGGCGAUGGCAGCAACCUGAUGAAUAUUUGUUUCGGUUGUGGGAAGAGGUACAAGUGGAGGGACAGUUUGUUGAGGCAUCAGAGGGUUGAGUGUGGUAACAAGGAGAAGAAGUUUUGUUGCAAAUUGUGCCCGAAAAAAUUCUAUCACCAGUACAAAUUGAACGAGCAUUAUCAAGGCCGGCACAAAAUACCGAAGCCUCGUUAA